CGCAAAAGCCACCUCAUUCCUCGAAGAAUCUGGAGCAGGGCGCGUGAUCUGGGAUUCCCACAUUGUUUAGUUUGUGUGUGUAGUGUGUGACUGAUCGAGCUGUCGGAUAAAACUGUACUCUAAUACAACAGGUAGGCAAUACAUAACAACUGAUAUUUGUGAUGAUAAACAUUAAAAUUUUUCAUUUCACUCCGACUCUUAACGUUACGGAGUUGCUUCUAGUUAUGUGAUACAACCCGAUCUACUUCAACCCGUGGUUGAGGUAUAUUUAAAAAGAAAAGUUUCUAAACUUCUCCUCGGACCAUGUCAGCACCACGUACAAUGUCAAUCCCACAUACCAUAUCAGAACACCAUCUUAACACCACAUAACAUGACAACGUAUCAACGCCACACACCAUGCAAACACUUUGAGUCAACACCACAUAUCAUGUUGACACCACUUAUCACGUCAAGACUAAAUACAAUUUCAAGGUCAUGCAACAUGUCAACACCCUAUGGCAACCCCAAACACCAUGUCAACCCUGCACCACAUUUCAAACUACACACCAUGUCAAUGCCACAUACCAUGUCAACAUCACUUAUCACGCCAAGACCAAAUACCAUGUCAGCACCGCAUGCUAUAUUAAAACUACUUUUCACGACAAGCCCAAAUACCAUUUCAUCACCAAAUACCAUUUCAACACCAAAUACCAUUUCAACACCAAAUACCAUUUCAACACCAAAUACCAUUUCAACACCAAAUACCAUUUCAACACCAAAUACCAUUUCAUCACCAAAUACCAUUUCAACACCAAAUACCAUUUCAACACCAAAUACCAUUUCAUCACUAAAUACUAUUUCAUCACCAAAUACCAUUUCAACACCAAAUACCAUUUCAACACCAAAUACCAUUUCAACACCAAAUACCAUUUCAUCACCAAAUACCAUUUCAACACCAAAUACCAUUUCAACACCAAAUACCAUUUCAACACCAAAUACCAUUUCAACACCAAAUACCAUUUCAUCACUAAAUACUAUUUCAUCACCAAAUACCAUUUCAACACCAAAUACCAUUUCAACACCAAAUACCAUUUCAACAUCAAAUACCAUUUCAUCACCAAAAACUAUUUGAUCACCAAAUACCAUUUCAACACCAAAUACCAUUUCAACACCAAAUACCAUUUCAUCACUAAAUACAAUUUCAACACCAAAUACCAUUUCAACACCAAAUACCAUUUCAUCACCAAGUACCAUUUCAUCACUAAAUACUAUUUCAUCACCAAAUACCAUUUCAACAACAAAUACCAUUUCAUCACCAAAUACUAUUUCAUCACCAAAUACCAUUUCAACACCAAAUACCAUUUCAACACCAAAUACCAUUUCAUCACUAAAUACAAUUUCAACACCAAAUACCAUUUCAACAUCAAAUACCACAUAAUAACUCAACACUAUUCACCCUGUCAAGACUAUAAAAACACUUUUUACCAUGUCAUAAACAAAUGCCAUGUCAACACCAAAUGCCAUCUUGACCCACUUAUGUCAUAUUAGUUCCACCCUAGCUUCUAAAUUUUCGGUAACCUCCAACUUAACCUUCCGACAAUCGUAACCUUUCUUAGCUGCUCAGACCUAUCCAUUACCGCCUGGCCCCACACAAUGUAAUAUUCAUAGGCUAUCGGAUAACAUCUUCUCAUUCCAUUUUAUAAUGCAGAAGCACACACGUCACACAUGUCGGAACACUGUAUGCUUGGUCUUUCAAAAUACUUAGAAUUUUAUGAGCCAGCGCCAUUGUUGAAAUGUGCGCCUUAAUUUAUUCCUACGGCAAUAUCAAGUAUGCCAGGUGUUACUGAAAAAAAAAAGAAAUAUAUUCUGCCCAUAUAUCAGAUUAUAAACACAUUGACCUAGAAUAAUAGUUUCAAACUUACCAUCCGAGAACAUGCACACCUGAAAGAACAUUUUUAAUGUGUUUUAGGCAUUUUAAGAAGAUUUAAAAAAAUAAAUUUCUCAUUGUCCACUAUUGGGAGUCUUUAGCAGUACAUUUUUGUAGCUCUGAUAAAGACCUCUGUGUACCAAAUUGUUGAUAUAUCUGGUAAUGACCUCUGUGUACCAACUUAGUGGUAUCUCUGGUACAUGACUUCUGUGUACCAACUUAAUGGUAUCUCUGGUACAUGACCUCUGUGUACCAACUUUGUGUUAUCUCUCGUACAUGACCUCUGUGUAAAUUUUUUAUUGGUAACUUUGUAAAUGAGUUCUGUGUACCAAAUUAUUGGUAGCUUUGGUAAUGACCUCUGUGUAUCAAAUUAUUGGUAGCUUUGGUAAUGACCUCUGUGUACCAAAUUACUGGUAGCUCUGGUACAUGACCUCUGUGCACCGACUUAGUGGUAUCUCUGGUCAUGACCUUUGUACAAACUUAUUGGUAGCUUUGGUAAUGACCUCUGUGUACCAAAUUAUUGGUAGCUUUGGUAAUGACCUCUGUGUACCAAAUUAUUUGUAGCCUCGGUAAUGACCUGUGUGUACCAAAUUGUUGGUAGCUUUAGUAAUGACCUCUGUGUAUCAAAAUAUUGUUAGCUUUGGUAAUGACCUCUGUGCACCGACUUAUUGGUAUCUCUGGUCAUAACCUUUGUACCAAAUUAUUGGUAGUUUUGGUGAUGACUUCUGUGUACCAAAUUAUUGGUAGCUCUGGUACCACCUCUGUGUACUAAAUUAAUGGUAGCUUUGGUAAUGACCUCUGUGUACCAAAUUAUUGGUAGCUUUGGUAAUGACCUCUGUGUACCAAAUUACUGGUAACUUUGGUAAUGAACUUUAUGUACCAAAUUAUUGGUAGCUUUGGUAAUGACCUCUGUGUACCAAAUUGUUGGAAGCUUUGGUAAUGAUCUUUGUGUACCAUAUUAUUGGUAGCUUUGGUAAUGAACUAUGUGUACCAACUUAGUAGUAUCUCUGGUAAUGACCUCUGCGUAUCAACUUAGCGAUAUCUCUGGUACAUGACCUUUGUACCAAAUUAUUGGUAGCUUUGGUAAUGACCUCUGUGUACCAAAUUAAUUGUAGCCUUGGUAAUGACCUGUGUGUACCAAAUUGUUGGUAGCUUUUACAUGUCCUCUGUGUAACAAAUUCUUGAGAGCUCUUGUACAUGACCUCUGAAUACCAAAUUGUUGGUAGCUUUGGUAAUGACCUCUGUGUACCAACUUAAUGGUAACUUAUACAAGCAGAUGUUAAAUAUAAACUGGAUUUCGCAUGCAUACAUUACAGGAUUGUAUUCAUGUGUGUGUGUGUGUGUGUGCGUGUGGAAGGGGGCUCAAUUAUCGAUUUAUUUACUGGUGUCAUUUUAUAUUCAAUGUCUAGAACCCCUUUUGCAACACAGUAAAAUAAAUGGUUAUAAUUGAUUUAGUGAUGGCAUUUCAUAUGUCAUUUAUAUUUUCUAUAAAAUCUUUAAUUGCCCCCAUCUUAUGUCAUAUAUAUAACCCUAACCCUAUACUAGCUGAAGUACCCGUUCAAUGCCCGGGCUCUGUACAUGAGGUAAGACAGAGAGUCGACAAAAACAUGACCCGUCUCCCGUAAAGGCACACAAUGGUGAGGUACCAUGAAAGCGUCAAUUGCAAUGAGCUCCAUGUAUAUUGUAUUUGUACUGUAAUAAUUAUCACGUUCUAGCAAAAGAUGUCAGUUAUUGGGAUUUAGCCUUAGUAUAUCUAUAUAUCUAUAUAUAUAUUAUAUAUAUAUAUAUAUAUAUAUAUAUAUGUAUGUAUAUAUGGAUGUGUGUACGUUUAUUUUUAUUCACACACAUGCGCAAUGCGCAAAGGAAGUUAGGAAGACGUUGAUUUAAAAAAAAUAUAUUUUUAGCACCUGAAUUGUUAACAAAUGCCAUCUCAUUUUUUUUCAAAUCCACCGAUAUAAAAUAAUCGAAUACGUUUUGCGCCCUACGUCAUACCCAGCCCUUUCCUUCACACACGAAGGGCUGUCAUGAGAUGGCGCCACCUCUCACGGAUGUUAUUGCCAAGAAGGACGAUUCUCGGAGAAAAAAAAAAUUCGGUUACCGAUCUUUUCGGCAGGCUAACGGGCGGAGCCAUGUUUCAAAGAUGCGAGGACGUCUAUUAAAAUACCCACGAUCACCAUAGAAAAUAGCUUUCAAAGCCUUGUUUACAUAAGGAACUUUUAUGUUGUUCCCCUCAUGUUCGUACCUGCACCUUCGUAUCGUGCGGGCAACGAGAAGCCAGGGCUGCAAUGUCCGUUGUUUGCAGCCGGUGAGGAAGCGACUACUUACUCCCACCAUGUUAGUUAAGGAUAUUUUCAUUGAAACGUUAUAGGCUCUGCAAACACGAGAAACCUGGUGUAGGAGAAUACAGAUGCGCCAAGCGACACCCUGUAGAUAUGUCAUGUCACAACCAAUGAAAACCAUCUCUUUGAUUUGAUUCGCUAAGUCACACCCUAUGGAUAAGCUGGGCCAUACCAUAAUAUAGAUACGCCAAGCCACACAAUAUGGAUAAGCCGGUCAUACCAUAAUAUAGAUACGCCAAGCCACGCCCUAUAGUUACACCAAGCCACGCCCUAUAGUUAUGCCGAGCCAUACCCUAUAGCUACACAUGUUUAGAACUCUAACAAAACGCUAUAACAAUGCUGCCAUUGUGUAUUGAUCUCGGCACGCUAAAUACGGCUAGCCAAGGGGCGGGCUAACUUUUUACCUAGCAAUAACCUCCAAAUAUAUUUGUUUACACCGACUGUACACACGAUUUGAAGGAAGAAACUUCUUAUGCUGUUUAGAUUCAAAGUGGUUUAUUGAAUCAAUUUUUAGAGAGAAUGCAAUAGCCGACAUAGAAAGUACAUUAUUCAUUCAUCAUUCUAUAACAUAAAUUAAUAAAUAAAACCUCAACAUGGAAAAAAAAUAAGAUUUCGUUGAAAAAAAUGCUCACUUAAUUUGCGUAGGAAAGAUGUCUUUUCUUUUAAUCCAAUAACAUCAAAAUCUGGGGCUUUUCUUUUGGUUCCAUUUCGAUACACUUCGAGACUGUCUUUAGGGGUUCUAGCAUUCACUUCUAUGCUCUGCUUUCACGUUUAUUUGAGUAGAAAAUCAUCGUUUUCAAAGGCAGGUUAAAAAAAAAAAUUCAUCAACUUUUUUGACUGCUUCCGGGGCGUCCUCACAAUGUAACACCCUCACAGGUGGAUGCCACCCUCACAGGUGGAUGCCACCCUCUCAGUGGUUAUACACCCUCACAGGUGGAUGUCACACUCACAGUGGUUAUUCACCCUCACAGGUAGAUGUCACCCUCACAGUGGUUAUGUUGUUGUUCGUCAGUCGAUCAUCACACUUUAAUCAUCAGAUUUGUGCUAGUUCUGUUUGUGGUGCGCAGAUGGCUAAUGAGGCCGAUUCUGGCACGAAAUUUUCUUGUGCAGUAGGUGCAGGGGAAUGAUGGGGCAUCUCCGGCAGCACAGUCAGACCGGGCCUUCCUGGCAUGUCUCUUGCGCUGUGCAGCCGCUGUUCUGCCAACUUCAUGUUGCAUGGAGCUCCUGUUUAAAAGUGGAACGCUAUGAUACUCGAUCCUUUGCUUCUUCCUCCCUCGUGUCUGGGUUUAUGUCGAACGCUUUCAGUGAGGCUUUUAGGUUGUCUUUAAAACGUUUUUUCUUGUUCCGCUUUCCUUGUUCAAGGUCACCAUAGAAAGUUCUUACAACGUGUCCCGCCCAGCGAAGCUGUUACUUCAUUAAGAUGGUAAAGAUGCUGGGGAGACCUACCUGUGCAAGCACCUCAGCGCCUGGGACCCUGUCCUGCCAUUUAAUGUUGAGGAUUUUUCAGAGUCUUGUUGUUUGAAAGUGGUUCAGCAUUCUUGCAUGGCGUUGGUAGACCGUCCACGUUUCACAGGCAUAGAGAAUGUUGGGAGAAAAGUCGCCUUUUACACUUAGUGGUCAUACACCCUCAUAGGUGGAUGACACCCUCACGGGGUAUGAAACCAAAUGAAAAUUAGUAAAUUUCCCAGAGCUCAAUCGAUUCAGUUUCGCAACACAGUUUUAAUUCAAGGGCAGAGUUCCAACUGUGUCCAGGCAAGUGUACCACCAGAGCAGGUCGCCAUGAGCGCAGGGUGUCACCGGAGCAGGAUGACUCGUGGGAGGUCCGUGGAUGGGCCAGGACGAGUUGACACCAUGAGCUGACACCAUGAGUUGACACCAUGAGUUGACACCAUGAGUAGACACCAUGAGUUGACACCAUGAGUUGACACCAUGAGUUGACACCAUGAGUUGACACCAUGCGUUGACACCAUGAGUAGACACCAUGAGUUGACACCAUGAGUUGACACCAUGAGUUGACACCAUGAGUUGACACCAUGAGUAGACACCAUGAGUUGACACCAUGAGUUGACACCAUGAGUAGACACCAUAAGUUGACACCAUUAGUUGACACCAUGAGUAGACACCAUGAGUUGACACCAUGAGUAGACACCAUGAGUUGACACCAUGAGUUGACAGCACUGGGGGGAACCAGUUCUUGCGACGCCACUGAACGCGAUCAAAUUUACGCCCACGCAAAAAUAACGUCUAUGAAACGAGACUCAAACACCAGCUGCUGAAUCACUAGUCAUCACUAGUUAACACAAGUAACUACUAGUAACCUCAAGUUGCCACAAGUAACUACUAGUAAUCACAAGUUACCACACAUAACCACUAGUUACCACAAGUAACCACAAGUAACACUAGUUACCACAAGUAAUCACAAGUAACACUAGUUACCACAAGUAAUCACAAGUUACCACAAGUAGCAACUAGUAACCUCAAGUUACCACAAGUAACUACUAACAAUCACAAGUAACCACAAGUAACCACAAGUAACCACAAGUAACAACUAUUUACCACAAGUAACCACUAGUAACCACAAGUAACCACAAGUAACAGCUAUUUAUCACAAGUAACCACAAGUAACCGCUAGUUACCUCAAGUAAACACAAGUAACCACAAGUUACCAAAGUUACCACAAGUAAUUACUAGUAAUCGAAAGUAACCACAAGUAGCCACUAGUAACCACUAGUUACCCCAAGUAACCACAAGUUACCACAAUUAACCACUAUUAACCACAAGUUACCACAAGUAACCACUAGUUACCACAAGUAACCACUAUUAACCAAUAGCUACCACAAGUAACCACUAGUUACCACUAGUAACCACAAGGUAUUGGGUGUGUAUCACACAGGCCAGGUGCUUAAUUGCCAGAGAAAAAUGUCACGCUUCAAACAUAAUUUUAUUCAUAUCUAUGGCGCCAUUAAUCAUUACCACAUUGUUACCCUUUGACAGGGGGGGGGGUACUUUACCCUCGUUCGCCGACCAAUAGGUCAGACUGAAACAAGACACUAUUUACAAGCAGAUAUGGGGAUGUGGGUGGAAGAGUGGGGUAUGUUUCAUUCACUUGGUCUUGAAUUAUUUCAAUUGAAUUUUGAAACACAAACGUGUUCCGUGUUUUUUCAGAAUGCAUGAAUUUGUAAACCGUUCCAAAGGUAGUCGACAUAUUUUGUGGGACGAUCUUUUGUGCACCGGGCGUUAGUGGCAACGGGAAACUUUGAUGCCAGUCCACCCCUUCCUCUUAAGAAACGAACAUGGAAAGACCCAUACACUUGGUGUUGCAGAUAGAGGAAUUCUAAGUUAGGAGCUAUCUAAUUCUUUAUUGGUGUUAUUUUUCAAGCAUUUCUCCAGGGGGUGGGGAUGUCCCCACCCCUUCCACGGAGCGAAAUGAGUACAACCAUAAAAUAUAAUGCCAUUUCAUGAACACGACUAAAGUGUCUUUAAAAAAAAAAAAUUGAAAAGAAUACUAACGGGCGCAUUUAAACGAUUACAAUUAGUGGAACCCAUGAAAUAUCGCUAAACUCGAUACAUUUGCUGAUUCGAAUAUUUAAGUCUAAUCUUUUCGGAUGCUUGUACUAUUCGAAUUUAAAAAUCGAGCUGUUUCGGAAAUUGGCUUCUCCUCAUUACAAGCCGGAGUCUUACUUUACGGUGUUCGCAUUAGAAAGUUGAAGUGUUUAAAACUUCGCAUGAACAUUUCAAUUAACUUAAAAUUGGAAAAUGUAUAUUUUGCUUUUAUACGAUUUACCUCAGAUGGUAAUAAACAAAUAAAUAUGUGACUUUUUUUUCUAAUAAUCUCCUGGCUUACAAUUAUGCCGUUCAAAUACGAUUUAUAAGAUUGAACCAUUUUAAAAAGCCCAUGACAAUGUGAAGAACUUUAUGAAAAAAAAAACAACAACAAUAUUUAUUUACUUUUGGUCAAUGGUAAAAUGUGGAAUUAUUCAGAAACGGUAAUUAUUAUAUGUAAGUUUUUUCCCCAUUUUGCAUUCAGCAUGUAAAAUUAUGUAAGCUUUGCUUUUUGGGAUGGAAAACUUGUUUGGGAAGGAAUUUUCUUAUAUGCUAAAAAUUCAUUUGUUCAUUAACUAGUUUAUCCCAAAAAGAGUUUAAAUAAAAAAUAAAAAAAGCACAUUAAUAUUUAGUAAUAUACGUAACAUUUAAAAAAAAAUAUUUGACCAGGUCCAGCGGAGCCGUAGAUGGACUUUUCGAGUUCCCCACCCCUGCCACUUUUUCGUUUAGCCCCCCCCCCACCCCACCUUGCAUUGAAAGUUGAUAAUUUCAAAAGUCACAAAUUUAAGCCCCAAAAUAGCCAAGGCCCCCUGCAGCCCAAACGAUUACUGAGGUCGAGUUACAACUAAAUUUUUAACUAGCAUCUCUCCCGUCGCUCUCCGAUUAAGCGUAGAAGGAUGUUAAACUGAAUUCAAGUAUGUUCUCAAAUGCAUACUUCCAUUUUAAAUUUAUAAAAAAAACAUCUCUGGGGACUAUAAAGAUUAAAUGGGCGAGACUAUGCUAGGGCAAGAAAGCAUACGUUUAAGGGAGCUACAGUUUGAAUGAAUUUAUUUCAUGUUGAGCUCGGGCGGAGUUAGAUUUGUCCCAGAUAGUUAUUAUGGUUACAUGUGGCACCUCACAGUCAAAAGUCUGAAAUACCCCUUCAUAAAUUGUCUGUAAAAAAACCCCACCAUAUUCAAGUAUGCUAUGCGCCAAAAUGCAUCCCUACACUUUGAAUUUAUCAAACAUAAUUUAAAUGGACCACUGCACCCCGCUUUUGCUCGAGAAUCAGUCCAUCGAUUGUAGACAGUGCUAAGCGCAAAGGAGAAUGAAUAUCCAUUCUGUCACAAUUUGUCAUAUUAAUGCUCAUGGACGAAAAAGCCCGUUUUGCUGAAGUCGUGUGGAGGAAAUGUGAGAAGAAAUUUCAAGGUAGUUUCAGCAUGUUAUGGAUAUUCUGCGUUGCCAUGAAUCCACAAAGAUGUUAGUGAUGUCAUGACAUGUGGCGAAAACCAUCUUCAUUCCUUCGUCAACAGCUAGGGCCGUCAGCGUAUCUUAUACACUCUCAUUCAAAUGAGCCUUUAAGGAUCCACCCAGUUUCUAUCCGUGGAUACUAUUUACUUGGAAAUUAUAACUCAAAGUGUUCAGUUGUGAAAUUUCGUAUAGAUGUAUCACCAGGCCCAACUCGUACAUCAUGUGAUGGCUGAUGCUAAGUUGGGAAACUUCGUAUAGAUGUAUCACCAGGCCCAACUCGUACAUCAUGUGAUGGCUGAUGCUCAGUUUGGAAACUUCGUAUAGAUGUAUCACCAGGCCCAACUCGUACAUCAUGUGAUGGCUGAUGCUCAGUUGGGAAACUUCGUAUAGAUGUAUCACCAGGCCCAACUCGUACAUCAUGUGAUGGCUGAUGCUAAGUUGGGACACUUAUGAAAACGAUUUUCUGAUACCCGAGUCUUCUAUGCAACUAGCUCUCGUUUAUGAUCAUAGCUUUUACCAGCCAUUGUGAAGCACACCGCCAUCUUGGCUUGCAUGCAUGUGUUGAGAUCAUUCAGGCUGACAAAGCUAUCUGCCAAGUAAGCCAACUUGGCUUUCUAAUCCCUAGUUCCAAACAUGCCAGACUAAUCUGUUGUUUUUUUUUUUUGGUUUGUUUGUUUUGUUUUUUUGUUUGUUCAGAAAUUCGUCAAGAUCCCUUCACAAUUCAAAAACGCUUGGAUAAAACUUCCCCUCUCCAUGUAAUCGCAUGAUAAGGUAGAUAAGCGAACCAAACUCCACGAAUUUAGGUAAUCAAAGUUCAUUUCCUCAUUCGUUGAUUCAGUCCCCUUGUCCUACUGUCACGUACGCACGUUGUCUGGCAUAUCUCUUUUUUUUUCAUAGAAACAUCACCUGGUCCAGGUCCUGGGUUUUCCAGUUUACAAAUGAUCUCUUAAUGCCUAAAAUAAUGCCUAUUUAAUUAUUAAAGUGGUUUGUCCUUGUUUGUGUUCAAUCUUACGAUGGAUAGGUUUAACAUGUCUAAAAUUUCUUAUCUGGCACACAGCGUCAGCCUCACAGGCUCCUCUCGAUUAUUUGAAGUUUGUUGUUUAAACAUUACGCAAACAUGAAGCUUUUCUCUCAGUUUCAUGACUAAUGUUGCGCAGACCGACAACGCAAGGCUUGCGGGCCGUCGCCGGUCUGCGGUCUACCAUUUGGGGGAACGCUGCUCUAUAACGCUGGUUUGAUUUUAUUUUAUGCACCAAAGUCCAAGUUAGCAUUUAAUGGAGGUCAAGUUGAUUCUUCAUUCAAUGAAAAAAAAAAUCCGAAAAAAGAAUUAAGCUUUUUUCUUUUAGGGAUGUGUAAUGAGGCAGAAUUGACUCAGUGAAACGAAAUAAAAUAGCAACGCGUCUCUUCACGCUUUAAUUACAAAGACAAACCUUCUUAGGCAGUCCCAAGUUUCUUUUUAUGUUGUCGCUUGCUGGCGAAGGCCUUUGGCCGAAACCUUCGUUGUUUUGUUUAGGUUUCUUUCAAGUUUUCUAACAACAAAAUGUGCUUUCUAUUUUCUUAAAAUUUAUUUGUUAUAAAGUUCUAAGAGAUCAUUUAAUUUUGCACACCAAGUGAAGUUUUGAGAGUUAACAUAUAUAUAUAUAUAAUAUAUAUGGCAUCAUUCCGUCUUCGCGAGACGAUUGGGAAGCUAUGGAUACUAUGGCUUACGAGGCCGAUCUCGGUUGCACUUCUCGCAGGAGAACCUUGACUCCUGGUUAAAUUAUUUUCCCUUCCGUAAUGCUCCUUUUGUUGCAAGGGCUUUGUUCUCCUGCCUGUUUCACCCUUUCACACACCGCUGUUUGCCAGGUGGAACGCUGCCCAGUGAAGAUCUCCCAUUGUUGAUUUCUAUCCUGGCUUACCUUAUAUUUCUGUCAUACAAGUCUUGCUACAGCUGAUUCUUUGGAAUAAGACCCUCCUUCAUUCUCCUUUCAUGACCUAACCUGCAAAGGCGCGCCUCGCUCAGAUCGGAGAUCAUGCUAUUCAGCCAUCAAAUGCGUAAAAUGCAACGCAGAAACCUUUGAUUGAGGAUCUUAAAUUUGCGCUCAUGACAGGCAUAUUUGGUCUACACUUCACCGCCAAAAACAGGAGCGUACUGAUCACACAUGCGUGAUGGGAGGCUUUGAUUUUUUGCUUUUGUUGAGUUCAGGAUUAUUCUACACCCGCGUAUUUCAUUUAUCCAUAGCUGCUGCUGCUUAAUACGAUCGUGAUUUUCAACUCUUCGUCAACCGAACGUGAGCCAGAUAUUUUAGACCAAGACAUGUGCAGUUUUCAACUAUCGGACAGAUUAUGGCCCUCAAUAGAAGGGACAGUUUGGAAGGGACAGUGUCUCUCGCUUUCUGUGGACUAGUGGUCGGUCCACAUUCUUUAAAUGCCUGGGAUCAACUAAACCUUCAAGACCAAUAUAUUACGAAAUUAUGUGAUUGGAAAAAGAAAUGAUAAUAAAGACAUGGUUUACAUUUUAUUUAAGCCACAGCUAUUUAAGAUUACAUGUUUAUUUUUUAUCCGUUUAAAAAAAAGAAGAUUGUGUUUCAAUGACAAUUUAAAACAUCUUUAUUAUUCGUUGCUUUCAAACCCUUUGUUAUCCUGUAUCCAUUUCCCAGUAUUCUUUCUGGAUAACUAUUUUUUUUUUUUUUAAAAUCAUAGGAUUGAUAAUUAAACAAAUUGUUUGUUAUAAAAGAAGAUUGUGUUUCAAUGAAAAUUUAAAACAUCUUUAUUAUUCGUUGCUUUCAAACCCUUUUUUAUCCUGUAUUCAUUUCCCAGUAUUCUUUCUGGAUAACUAUUUUUUUUUUUUUUAAAUCAUAGGAUUGAUAAUUAAACAAAUUGUUUGUUAGAAAAAAAAGUUAAAUAAGAAGAGCACAUUUUAAAGUAGAUUUCACAAUCUUGAUUGCUCUCAGGUUUUUCGGACACUCUGCCCCCCUGUUUAGCAUUCACGGGACGAUGACGUCACGGCGACGCACGUGCUUCCGGUUCCUGGUCCCGUCAAGACCCAGCAGAGUAAAAUGUUGCUCCGUGUUCCUUCUUGGCUGUUUGACUGUACUUGCCGGCGUGGCUGUCAUGAAACAGCCAACAGCCCUGGUGGAUUAUCUGUCACGUCACGGGCACAGAUCGGUGAGGUCUGAGUCGGCCUUGACCUACCUGGUGGCCAGCGAAGUGACAGUCGCGGACGUAGAUCAUUCUACUGUCACGGGGACUACAGUUGUCACGCGAGACGUCUCAAAGGAUAUCACCGCAAUGACGUCACCACAAGUCAGGCGUAAAAUUUCGCUGUCCAGGUCGGUAGAGACACACAUUGAAACUAUAUAAUAAGGGUUGUGGUAAACAAAUACCCCCCAUCCCCCUUUUCACAUUUUUUAACCCGACUAUACUCACUCAAUUUUUGAAGGUACAAAAGAUUAUGAUUGAUUAAUAAUUCUUAAGGAAAAAAAAUCUUUCAAAAAAAGUUCAACUAUAGAAUCGUGUGUUUGUUUGAUUGUCCGUCCUCGUGUCUCUUGAGUCAAUGUUUCAUUUAGGCUCUGCACGUUACAGAUAAGCGCUUUUCUGAUCUUACACGACACAUAAAUGUAUUAGCAAAUUAAGCGUAAUAGGGUACACACACACAAAAAGGCCGGAGAGAUCUCUUUGCAAGGAGGAAGGUCAAACGGUGGAGGCCGUGAGAAUCGGUUGGUUACUUAGUUUGUUACAAUUAAGGAGUGACUUGGUUUUCAUAGUGUGAAUUUAUUUCAUUUUUAAUUUUCCUUGUGUUCAUUUAGUCAUUUUUCUCCCUACUAGCUAGUAAUGUACGAAAUUCAUGGUCAGGGGCGCACCUGAUCCCCCUUAACCUACGCCGCGGGCACCAAUAGGUUUGAACACAAUUAAAGACAUAUUUCGCCUGUUUCAACAGACGGCAGCGCCCAACAAACUGUCAUCUGUUUAUAAUCUGAAUAUAAUCAAUUAGUUAAAUUAUUCUAGAGAUGUCGUAAUAAGUUUUGGUUAAAAUUCAUACUCUCUUCCCCCCCCCCUCCCCACGCUCAAGUUCUAUGACUUUUUAUGCAUUCUUUUAUUUUCAAUAUUAAUCGUGGCGCCCCACAUUUGAAAGAGGCCAAACACUUCCGUGAUUAGCCUGAAAGCUCCUAUCUUUGGAAGGUUGAAUAUUGUAGGUUUAGCAGCACGUAUUUUUAAAAAAAUAAUUUUAUCCUUCAAACAUUUAGGAGGUUCCUAAUUAACAUUCCUAAAAGAGACACAGCAGAAACAUUAACGCGUUGCAUGACUGAUCAAGGCACCAGCGUAUCGAUCUGAAAGCGUUGCAUGACUGAUCAAGGCACCAGAGUAUUGACCUUAAAGCGUUACUUGACUGAUCAAUGCACCAGCGUAUCGAUCUUAAAGCGUUGCUUGACUGAGCAAGGCACCAGCGUAUUGAUCUUAAAGCGUUACUUGACUGAGCAAGGCACCAGCGUAUUGAUCUUAAAGCGUUACUUGACUGAUCAAUGCACCAGCGUAUUGAUCUUAAAGCGUUGCUUGACUGAGCAAGGCACCAGCGUAUUGAUCUUACAGCGUUACUUGACUGAGCAAGGCACCAGCGUAUUGACCUUAAAACGUUGCUUGACCGAGCAAGGCACCAAUGUAUUGAUCUUAAAGCGUUACAGGACUGACCAAGGCACCAACGUAUCGAUCUUAAAGUGUUGCAUGACUGAUCAAGGCACCAACGUAUCGAUCUUAAAGCGUUGCAUGACUGAGCAAGGCACCAACGUAUUGAUCUUAAAGCGUUGCACGACUGAUCAAGGCACCAGCGUAUUGAUCUUAAAGCGUUGCAUGACUGAUCAAGGCCACAGCGUAUUGAUCUUAAAGCGUUGCAUGACUGAUAAAGGCACCAGCGUAUCGAUCUUAAAGUGUUGCAUGACUGAGCAAGGCACCAGCGUAUCGAUCUUAAAGCGUUGCUUGACUGAUCAAGGCACCAGCGUAUUGAUCUUAAAGCGUUGCAUGAUUGAUCAAGGCACCAACGUAUUGACCUUAAAGCGUUGCAUGACUGAUCAAGGCACCAACGUAUUGACCUUAAAGCGUUGCAUGACUGAUCAAGGCACCAGCGUAUCGAUCUGAAAGCGUUGCAUGACUGAUCAUGGCACCAACGUAUCACAUUUAUGCUAAGAAAAAGGACCUGAAAUACACGUAUUCAAUGAAAAGACAACUCGUAUCUUUUUUUUAGGCCGGGAGUAAUGUUACGUACCAAAAAACGUGGACGUCGAUGGUUCAUAUUUGGUUUUUCAAUUAAGUUCUAAACUAUUAUCUUCUUGUUCUAUAUCUUAAGGACCCACGAUCAAUUUAUUGAUCAUUUUGGCUCCUAUGCAUGUAGAGGGGAUUUGCAAUGUGUAUGUGCUUGGUGUUGAUGAGGAUAUUUCACUGGUUGGAAGGGCUACAUUGUAAGGGGGUUGGAAGGCCUGAGGCAAUAGACGCGAAUGUGUCAAGUGUAGUCGCCUCAACUGUUCCUUUUUAAAACCUUGUUCCAGUCCCUGAUUGCCUUUGUCAGGAGUGAGUAGUUCCUAUACUGGCUUCUAGCCGAUAUGAGCCUGAAUUGCACGUCAUGGCCUCGUCGCUGUCUUUGGGGAGAGGGACGAGUUUCUGUUUAAUGCUGGAGCAGUGGACCAGGUCAUUAUUUAUCUUGUACAUCAUGGAGAGCCUGGAUAGUCGUCGUCGUUCCUCCAAUGGUGACCAGCCCAGUGUUUCCAGCAUGCUGCCCACACUAGAGGUAUUCCUGUAGCUGUUCAGGACAAAGUGUGCUGCCCGUCGCUGGACCACCUCCAACCUGUCGAUGCUCUUCUGUGUAAAUGGGUCCCAGACUGAAGAUGCAUAAUCUAAAACCGGAUGGACAAAGGCUUUAUACUACAAUUUAUAGGCUCUUUCUUUCACACAGGAGUUUCCAAUCAUUAGAUUGCGCCUUAGUAACCCCAUGAUCUUGUUUAACUGGUUGCACACAUUGUUAAUAUGCUCGUCCCAGUGGACCUCUCUUUGAAUGGUAAACACAGGUACUUUACGGAGGAAACUGCCUCAAGUAUAUGGCCAUGAAGUUCGUAUUGGUAGUGUAGAGGAGUAUAACUUCAGGAGACUGACAGUGUCUGGCACUUGGCAGGGUUAAAUUCCAUGUAUCAGCACAUCUCUCACUCAGCUAAUCGAUUGAGAUCAUGUUGUACGCUGGUUCUGGUCAGAUCUGUUGGCGAUCGUCCUAUACAUCGCGGUGUCUUCUGCGAACAGUCUUGCUUGGGAUGUCAGUCUCUCGAGAAGGUCAUUGAUGUAUGCUAGGAACAAACAGAAGCCUAGCACUGAUCCCUGUGGGACACCUGACUUAACACCAAUAAAGGAGGAGCUUGUACCGUCCACCACUACUGCUUGGCAUCGGUUGCUGGGGAAGCUAGAGAUACAUCUUUUAACAGUGCCUUGGAUCCCAUAUCUCUGAAGUUAUUGUAGAAGCAAACUAUGAUUGACAUAGUCAAAUGUCUUUGAGAAGUCCAUCACCAGCACGCCCGUUUGCUUGCUGUUUUUCAGAUUUGUCAUCAAGUCUUCUACAAAUUCAAGGAGCUGGGUCUCACAUGAUCUAUUGACUCGGAAGCCAUGAUGACAGCCAUUGAGUAUAUUUUGGCUUUCAAGAUGCUUCAUGACUGCGCUUACGAUUAUGUGCUCCAAUAGUUUGCAUACCACAUUGCUGAGGGAUAUCGGACGAUAGUUGGCAAGGUCGGAUAGCUCCCCUUUCCUGUAGAUUGGAGUGAGUACGCUGUUCUCCAGUCUGCUGGAACAUUGCCUGUGCACAGCGACGAUUGGAAGUGCAGGAGUGAUUUCUUUGGCCAAUUCUUUGAUUCUAAUUUUUAUCUAUUAAUGUCCUGUGUACUCAUUUAAUUAAAAAAAAAAUUAUAUGUAUGCCAAGAACAUCAUAAUUUAUAAUUUCCGGAACAAAUAAACAAAUAAGAUGAUUUAGUUUCAGGGUGUUGCAUGUUCUCACAUGCACAGUGUUGAUAAAACUUACUUUUACUGAAACAGGUUACAAAACCUCAUUACAAAUGUAUUUAAAUUGUUUAUAAUUGAUUUGUAUCAUAAUUAAUGCAUACCAAUACAAAAUAUUUGUUUAAUGUUUAUAAUUAUUUUUUUUAAAAUGUCUAUUUUGUUACUUUUAAAUUUUUAAUUAAAAAAAAAAUAUAGCACUGUCUCUGACUCAAAUUCAUCUGCUGAAAACGAGGCUGGUGGCUUUCAACCAAUCAACGGGCAUCAAUCAUGGGUCUAUUCAGCAUUCUUCGAGUCGUUCGACCAGAAAAGACCGCUCAUCCGGGUCUUGGCCUUGGAGAUCAGCAGCGUAACAAACCCGGUGUUUUGUCACGUGACAGAAAGGGGGACGGUGACGACAUCACGAGGGUGGAGACGAGUGAUCCCCGAUAGCCACGGCCAAAAGUUUGUCAUUGUUUUGUAACUACUACAUCACAUUUGUAAAUCUACUACAUCACAUCUGUAAAUCUACUACAUCACCAUUUGUAAAUCUACUACAUCACCAUUUGUAAAUCUACUACAUCACAUUUGUAAAGCUCCUACAUCACAUUUGUAAUUCUACUACAUCACAUUUGUAAUUCUACUGCAUCACAUUUCUAAAUCUACUACAUCACAUUUGUAAAUCUACUAGAUCACAAUUUGUAAAUCUACUACAUCACCAUUUGUAAAUCUAAUACAUCAUAAUUGGUAAAUCUACAACAUCACCAUUUGUAAAUCUAUUACAUCACUAUUUGUAAAUCUACUACAUACCUAUUUGUAAAUCUACUACAUCACAUGUAUAAAUCUACUAAAUGACAUUCUGUACCCCUUUCAUAAGAGUGGGUAUCACACCAUUUCCCAAACAUCACAAAUGGGCGCAACUGGCCAGCGUCGGCGAGACUAAGGAGGGGAAGGGGAGUGAAUGUCUACCCUUGUGGGUCUCUUCAAAUCUGCUAGGGCCCUAAUGACUGGAGGGUAAAAUAUUAGGUGAUUCCCCAUAGAGAUUGUAUUACUAAUCUAGGUGAUGGUUCUAAUGAAGUCACUGAACAUCGAGCUAUAAUUGGGGAUUGAAACAAAACCAAACCUACAAACUAACCGGACUUUCCGAGAAGCUGAUGCGCUGAAGGAGCUCUUGACAAAACAAGACGUUCACAUCAGAUACUCUUUUAAAAUGUCUUUUUCUUUAGAGCAGCGUGUUCCAAACUUUGAAGUUUGCUGGACCCGUGGACACGUUUCGAGACCGCACCUGGUGCCGGCGCCAGUUUUAUUAAUUAUAUAUUCUUCUCGUAUGGUCAUAAAUAUUUAUGCAGCGCUGAACGGCAACGUAUACGUCUGGCGGACAUUUGCCGGUCCGCGGACCACCGUUUGAGGAACGCUGCCUUGGAGUAGUUUUGGUUCGGGCAGGAGGCCGCAUGAAGUUUAAUUAUUUUAUUUUUAUUGGUCAAUCCGCAUGAUCAUUGGAAAGGGCGGCGAUCGGAACGGCGUUUGGAAACAAGAUCAAACCUGAGCGGUGAAGUAAAGUUUAACUUUGCAGUGGUUAUUAUUAACUCAGUUUGACAAUGCGAUUGUUAAUUUUCAAAGACCGUCACAGAUGAUCGUUCACAAUUUGUACAUUGACGGAAACUUUAAUCCAGUUCCUUGCACGUCUUGCGGCCCGGAUUAAACUUUUCAGGCCGUAGAUUGCCCCACCCCUGCGUUACAGAGUAUUCACCUUGAUCCGAUGGAAUACCUUCCAGAAAUAUGAAACAAUCAAAUGAUUCAGGAGAAACAAAAAUAUAGAGCACAAUGAAUCGGAUUUAGCUAUUAUAAAUCCAAUAUCUAAGAUUGCACAUGAAUCGACGUAUACAUACCUACGACGGAAACAAAGUAUGUGAAAACCUAAAAAAAAAAAAAAAAAAAAAAAAAAAAAAAAAAAAAAAAAAAAAGACCACAACAAAACAGCGAACGUGUCGGCAAGAAGCCUUCGUCAUCAAACAAAGAACAGUAAAAACAGAAUAAAAAAAAACAACUUAGUUGAAAUGAGGGCAGCAAGAGGAAGGUGCCUCACGGUCUUUGUUUUGGUACGUUCUUUUUUUUCUGAUUUCCCCCAUGCAUGUACUCUGUUACAUUCAUUUCCUUUUGGUUUUGCUAAUCUGAUUGCAGUCUCCCCCACUAAAUACUUCCCAACACGAACAUGUCACAUUGAAAUAUUAGUAUCAUCAUAAACGUUUACUGGUUUUUACAUUUUUUUGUUUACAAGGUACCAUAGUGUCAAUUAUGAAUGUGGCUUAACGGCAGGAAGUCGACCCGAGGUCUUGUCCUUGAUCUUCAACGCUACGGAUACGCCAACCAAUCGGCUGGAAGUGAUCUAUCCUAGACAGCACGCGAGAAACUUCACCGUGUGCUACGCCGCCCUGCACCACUUCAACACACCUACACACCUCAUCACGUCGCUGAUGUACAACCGGGUGCUCGGCGCCCAGCAUUUCUACGUGUACAACCACAGCGUCUCCAACACGACGGACGCCGUGCUGCGUCACUACCAGAGGCUCGGACUCCUCACCGUCAUGCCGUGGCCCCUGCCCACCCUGGAGGUUUGGUACUACGGUCAGAUUCUGGCCAUCAACGACUGCGUCUACAGGAACACGUUCGUCUCCAGAUUCGUCGUCAUUCAGGACACGGAUGAGUACAUCGUGCCGAACUGUCACGGCUCUUGGCUGGAGCUCAUCAACGCUGUAGACGCUGGCCGAGCCAAAGGCAAAGUCCCACCUUUGGGUUCCUACAUCUUUGAGUCCAGCCUGCACUGCAACAAUCCCAGGCCUUGGGAGUGGGAGAAGGUAAAGAAAGACUUCUCCAUUUCGCCGGAGGAUGAGAAGUUUAUAAGGAGACACUCCCUGCUCCCGUUUAUUCAACUCCAUAGGAUGGAUUACAUUUAUAAAUAUAAGUCACGGACCAAGGCCAUAGUGAGGCCUGAGCUGAUCCUGUACGCCGGGAUUCACUACACGCGCAAGCACAGGGAGAGGGCGCAGCUGACGGUGGUCAGCAAUGACCUGGCCAUCGUCCAUCACUUCAGUAAGAAGCGCAGGACCCAGGUGGUCGACACGACCACGUUAAAGUUCAAGGAUCAGGUAUUUCCUAUGGUCAAGAGAUCCAUAGAGUCGUUUGAGUUCCUCGCUGGGACAGUGACGUAAGUGUGGUGAAGUUGCCAAAGAGACGUCAUGUUUGUGUUGUUUUGUUUCUAUAGAAAAUGACGACCAGUCUGUCUUUUUUUAUCGUUUGUGAGGGGACAUAGCAUAGUUUUUAAAACAAUAUUCAGCCAUGUACCCCCUCUCUCUCUCCGCUUGUGGACAUUCUUAAAACUGUUGAAAUCACUAUUAACAAUUUCCGCGCUGGAAACUAUUUGACGCAAGAAAAAUCAGAGUACAACAUUCCAUUUAAAAGAAAAGAAAGAAUUAAAAUGAUUUUUAUGACAAUGUUAAGACCCGAACCUGUAUUUAUAAUUUUAUUUACAUUUAGGUGCUGAAUGUAAGAGAUGAUUGGAUACUACGGACAAUUUAUGUUGAUUGCGGGUACAGACUGCAUAUUGUGUAGAUGCGUUUUAAAAAGUCGACGUGUUGACAUUCUGUUAGCAUUACCUAAUUCAUAGCGUUUUAACAAUUCAUGAAAUGUUAUUUUUUAAAAAGAAACAAAGAAAAAACUCAUCGAAUCAUCUGCUUGAUUUUAUGUUUGUCUUUACGAAAUGUAAAUAAUUUAAAUUACAUCUGAUUUAAAGCACAUUUAUUGUCUACGUCUUUUUUCCCCCCUCCAAACAGCUCAUUAUCUCAUUACAGCCAAUUCACUGCGAGAAGGCAAAGUUUUGGCGAGAGCCGCUUGAGAACUGCU